AGGUAUGAAUAUAAGCAAGAGUGAGAUAGCAAAAGAAACUUCACUAAAACCAUCUCGGAGAUCCCUGCCUUGCCUCGCGCAGAGCUAUGCUUACUCCAAGAGUCUAAGCCAGUCUACCUCACUCUUCCAGUCAAUUGAGAGUGAAUCUCAGGCUCCCACAUCUGUAACCUCAAUCUCUGCUGACAAAGCAGAGCAAGUUAACCCUGAGGAGAGAAAAGAGUCUGUGCUCAAAUGUUCUUUUGCUGAUCUCAGUGAUUUUUGCUUGGCCCUAGGAAAAGAUAAGGAUUACAUGGAUGAAUCAGAACAUGCUAAUUAUGACCGAUCUCGCCUCAUUAAAGACUUUGUUCCCAAAAAUAAUUCUGAAUCCAAGACAAGAUUGCCUAAGAAUGACAUGAAUUACAUAGCAUCCAGUGGACUUCUCUUCAAAGAUGGCAAAAAGCGGAUUGAUUACAUCUUGGUUUAUAGAAAGUCAAAUAUACAAUAUGACAAAAGAAACACAUUUGAAAAGAACCUCAGAGCAGAAGGCCUGAUGUUGGAAAAGGAGCCAGCUGUCGCAAACCCUGACAUCAUGUUUAUUAAAAUUCACAUUCCGUGGGACACGCUGUGCAAGUAUGCAGAGAGGCUGAAUAUCAGGAUGCCUUUCAGGAAAAAAUGCUAUUACACUGACCGGAGGAGCAAAUCAAUGGGCAGGGUGCAAAAAUAUUUUAGAAGAAUCAAAAAAUGGAUGUCCCAAAACCCAAUGGUUCUUGACAAGUCAGCUUUCCCAGACCUGGAGGAGUCAGACUGCUAUACCGGCCCCUUCAGCCGGGCACGGAUUCACCACUUCAUAAUAAACAAUAAGGACACCUUCUUCAGCAAUGCUACUCGAAGCAGGAUAGUCUAUCAUAUGCUACAGCACACCAAAUAUGAAAAUGGAAUAUCAAAAGUGGGUAUCUGUAAACUUAUAAACAAUGGCUCAUAUAUAGCAGCUUUUCCCCCACAUGAGGGAGCUUACAAAAGCAGCCAGCCCAUCAAAACCCAUGGACCUCAGAAUAACAGACAUCUGUUAUAUGAGCGCUGGGCACGCUGGGGAAUGUGGUACAAGCAUCAACCCCUGGAUUUAAUCAGGCUAUACUUUGGUGAGAAGAUUGGUCUGUAUUUUGCUUGGCUUGGGUGGUAUACUGGAAUGCUGAUUCCUGCAGCCAUUGUUGGUUUGUGUGUUUUCUUCUAUGGAAUAUUCACAAUGAAUGCAAGUCAAGUAAGCCAAGAAAUUUGCAAGGCCACUGAAGUCUUCAUGUGCCCUCUCUGUGACAAGAACUGCUCACUGCAGAGACUCAAUGAAAGCUGUAUCUAUGCCAAGGUGACAUAUCUGUUUGACAAUGGAGGGACAGUCUUCUUUGCUAUUUUUAUGGCAAUAUGGGCCACAGUCUUCCUGGAGUUUUGGAAAAGGAGAAGAAGUACACUGACCUAUACUUGGGACCUUAUUGAAUGGGAAGAAGAGGAGGAAACACUUCGUCCCCAGUUUGAAGCAAAGUAUUACAAGAUGGAGAGAGUGAAUCCCAUCAGUGGAAAACCCGAACCACAUCAGCCUUCCUCAGACAAAGUCACUCGUCUUCUUGUUUCUAUCUCAGGAAUAUUCUUCAUGAUUUCUCUGGUGAUCACUGCAGUGUUCGCAGUUGUGGUAUAUCGCCUGGUUGUCAUGGAACAGUUUGCAUCAUUCAAGUGGAAUUUUAUCAAACAACACUGGCAGUUUGCAACCUCAGCUGCUGCAGUCUGUAUCAAUUUUGUAAUCAUUAUGGCACUGAAUCUUGCUUAUGAAAAAAUUGCUUAUCUUCUCACUAAUUUAGAAUAUCCUCGAACAGAAUCUGAAUGGGAAAACAGCUUUGCUCUGAAGAUGUUCCUCUUCCAAUUUGUCAAUUUAAACAGUUCUAUCUUCUAUAUUGCUUUCUUUUUGGGCAGAUUUGUAGGCCACCCAGGAAAAUACAAUAAACUUUUUAACCGAUGGAGACUGGAGGAAUGUCAUCCUAGUGGCUGUUUGAUAGACCUCUGUCUCCAGAUGGGAGUUAUCAUGUUUUUGAAGCAAAUAUGGAACAAUUUCAUGGAACUGGGAUACCCGUUGAUCCAGAAUUGGUGGUCACGACAUAAAAUCAAACGGGGAAUACAAGAUGCUUCAAUACCUCAGUGGGAAAAUGAUUGGAAUCUGCAGCCCAUGAAUAUUCACGGACUCAUGGAUGAGUACUUAGAAAUGGUUUUGCAGUUUGGUUUUACCACCAUCUUUGUGGCGGCUUUUCCUCUGGCCCCUCUUUUGGCUCUGUUAAACAAUAUCAUUGAAAUCAGGCUGGAUGCAUACAAAUUUGUUACCCAGUGGCGGAGGCCUUUGCCAGCCAGAGCAACUGACAUAGGUAUCUGGUAUGGAAUUCUUGAAGGAAUUGGUAUAUUGGCCGUGAUCACCAAUGCGUUUGUAAUUGCUAUUACAUCUGAUUACAUUCCACGUUUUGUCUAUGAAUACAAAUAUGGCCCUUGUGCAAAUCAUUUUGAAUAUCGUGAAAGUUGUUUAACAGGAUAUGUCAACAAUAGCCUAUCCUUCUUUGACCUGAGUGAGCUUGGUGUGGGAAAAUCUGGUUAUUGCAGGUACCGAGACUACAGAGGCCCUCCUUGGAGUUCCAAACCCUAUGAGUUCACCCUCCAGUACUGGCAUAUCCUCGCUGCUAGACUGGCCUUCAUCAUCGUGUUUGAGCACCUUGUUUUUGGGAUCAAGUCAUUCAUCGCAUACCUGAUUCCAGAUGUACCAAAGAACCUAUAUGACCGAAUACGACGGGAGAAGUACUUAGUCCAGGAAAUGAUGUAUGAGGCUGAACUAGAACAUUUGCAACAACAGCGGAGAAAAAGUGGUCACCCUGUUCACCAUGAAUGGCCUUAGUGGAUACUUGUUGCCCAGCAGGGGCUAUACCAUUAGUGGGAAUGAUGGCAACUUCCGAUUCUAGGUGGGAUCUAAGAGGAAGGCAUACCUGGCAAAUCAUGUAGAUAAUAUGUUAAUUGGACAUGCAUCACAGCAGUCUCUGGGAUUUGAAAUAUCCAGGUUUCUAGGGAAGAACAAAAAAAUGACUCAUGACCUUAAAAAUGGUUAGACUGGCAUUGCAGGAAGCCAGGAUCUAAUUCUCAGAACCAGCCUCAGGGAGUUGUGUGUUUGGAAACCUCCACCUUCUAUCAGCUGCAGUGUAAUAAGAAGGGUGAUGGUGAGGUUUCUAGACACAGAUUUCCAUGUAAAUGUGCACAAGCCAGGCAUGACUGAAAGUAUCAUGGGGUCCCCACUCACAUAGUAAUCUGACUUUGGAACCUUAAGUCAAGUUGCGAUACUUAACAAGAAAUGACAAAUCAAUGAUUGCCUUUGCUGCCAGAACUCCAUGUCCCUUCAGCUUACUGUUUUAUAGGAAUUUCACAUGUUUCUUGCUGAGAAUUUGGAUCUGUGCCACAGGGAAUUUAUGCUGCUUUACACUGACUAUGCAGUUGAAGAGUUGCACAUCACCUUUAGUCGUCAAACCAAAAAUCUAAGACUCUAAGGGGUAUCAUUCAUUGAAAUAAUAUUCUAUUACAUUGGCUGCAUUCCAAUCUGUUUUAUCACUGGCAGGAUCAGUUUCACUGCCUUUUAUUAAACUAAAUGCUAAAGAGCCACAUACUUAUAAAGUAUGGAUGUUUAUUCUCAUAUCAUUUAGAACGUGACGAAUCCGUAUUUUACUGUGAAAGCCUGUUUUUAGUACAUUUAAUUUCCACCUCCCUGAUUUAUUACAACUCUCACAGAAUAACUUGAAAUGCUGUAAAUAUGUUGGUUUUCCUUGUACCUUUGCACUUUGACAAUAUGGAAUGCAAGUUACAAUUCAUGCAGCUCUGAGACCAGUUACAAGUAUGCCAUUGUGGCUUGUUUAUUCAGGAAAACAGAAGCCAGAUGCUUUGCAACACUGAUGCUUUUCCAAUGAUGUGCACUCUUGCUCAUGAGCUGAUGAAAACAAUGCAUGAAUAUCAACUUAUAUCAUUUGUUAAAAUACACAUUUUUUUGAGUUUUACUUUCUUUUUGUCACUGAAGGGAUACUUCUGUUACUAUUUCUUUGGUGGAUUGAUUUGGUUUAUUUUUGAAAAUUCCCUAGAACCGAAGUCAAAUUAAUUGUGAAAGACACCAUUUUUGCUUUGUUACAGAGUUGCUAUUUCUCUGUGAACUCUGUAUGACUGUUCACAGACUUAGGGGAAUGAUAGAACAUUCAACUAAAGAAAGUCUGGUGGAGGCAUAAAUUGUGGGGCAGGAUGGGAAAAAAGAGAAGAGUUGAAAUAAGAAAAUAUAGGGUAGAAAUCAAGACACUCUUUCUUGCAAAACAAUCAAAGCUAAUCUCAGUUUUCUUCCCCUGGGAAUGGGAUGGGGAGUACGUAAAUGUACAUUUAUACAAAUAUGUGAUUAUUAUUUGUGCAGUAAAUCAAAGUACAAUUAUUUCCACAACAUAUAAAGACCAGAUUAGACCAAAUGGAAAUAAAACUAGUUUGUUUCUAUGCAAGGAUUUUUCUAGCAAGAAAAUUAAAAAGUUUCUCUUAACUAGAAAACUAUUUUUAUAAUUCUAACACUGAAAAUACUUUUUUGACUCUUGCUUCUUUCCCUCCAGGGAAAAGCUGAUUGGUUGGUUGGUUGCUUAGUUUUUGUCAAAAAUAUUUACUUCCCUACUUGUCCCCUGAUUCUGAGCAAGGGAAAGGACCUCAGACACUGAAUUUCCCUGACAUGCCUUUGCCACAAGGGAUUCUGCCACUCAGAUUACCCAGAGGUUCUGUUUCCACCACCUGCUCAUUCAUAGCAACUAAUUACACGAACUCUGAACUCUGCAAAAGAGCUUUAAAUGCCUCCAUUUUGGUAACACCUGCAUUUCCUUUUCUUUGUUGGUUAAAUGUAUACACAUGCCUGAGAAUAAAUACUUUCUAUGCCUGUUGAAGACUUAAAUGAACCUGACAUUUAUGUCCUUUCUAAAUUAGGGACAGAAGACAAAAGCAUUCAUCUUAUAGUAAAGAAUGAUGAUAGCUGUGUCCUUGAGAAUUCUUCUGAGUUAUUUUUAUAUAACCAUAUAAAAUCAUAUUGAUUACCUAAAGAGAAAAAUAUGAGAAUAGAAAGGAGUUUUUAAUAAAAAAAAACAUAAUACAUCGAUUUAGAAAAUGCCUUCUCUGAUAUUUUUUGAAGCUGAUGGAAAACUAGAGAAACAAUGAAAAAGUUAUCUGAAAUUCUCCUUUCGUGUAACAAUGCCAUAGAAUCUAGCUAUGCCUUCAUCAUUGUUGAUGGUAAAAUACUGACAGCCCCUCACAAUAUAUCAGUUUUAGAUGACUCUGAUUUAGUUAAGAGAAAUGUUUUAUAUCAUGGUUUUCUUAUGAAUACAAAUUAUUUCUCAAAGAUUUAUAUAGCACACACUAUUCUCAGGAAUUCUGUAUUACAUGAAUGCUGCUUAUAUAUUUUCAUAUUCUAAACUGUUGUCUUUUCAAGCAAGUAACUAAUAUAUAUGUGCAUGAAGUCAGCGUUGACGAGUUGCUCAAAGCUGAAGCAUUUUUAUUGUACAGUGUGUGGAAAAUCACUCUAGAUUACAGCUGAAAUAGUUCGCAGUUGUCUGAGUCUGUGCUCGCACUUUGAAAUAAAAUGCUGAGUGACUGCAUGAUGAGACACAACUUCCAAAUGCUGCACAUCCUUCCAAAAGGACUCGUCGCACAAUCUAUUGUAGAAUGCAAUGAAAAGAAAUCUUUUUCACUCAAUAAACAAUCGUGUGAUGUGGCAUUUUUUUUCCCCUGUAGUUUGCAUGUUAAAUUUAAUCCUGCUGGUUGUUUAAAUAUUAUGUUGGGAUUUGUCGAGUGUGUAUAGGGAAGGGGAUGGUUCAUUCCUUAGCUCAUUUCUUAGUUUUCUAUUCUCAUGGGCCCUCCCACUCUUAAAGAGUUUUGACUGUUUGUCUUUUAAUAAGCUCAUUAUCAUCAUGAAGGAGUCUCAUGAUGAAACAAAGUGCAGGUGGAGUCUCAUAUGGAUUCUAGUAACGCUCUGUGCUAGAAACAGAUGGGGGAGGAAGCUUGAGUGGCUCUCCCGUCACGCAGAAGCAUUUUCAUUUUUUUUUCACACUUGCACUGGCUCUAUUGAUCACCAUCCAAAUCUCCUUAGAACAGGAGUUUUAGCAAAGAUGUAAUUCAUGGGGAAGAAGGACAUAUAGGGCCAACUGUCGAUAAGAGGCUAUCAAAUUGCCCAUUUGUUUCUCCACCUGAUGGUGAAAAUUGAAAAUCCAGGUUGUGCUUAACUGGUAAGGCCGAAUUGAUUAGCCUGUUAAUUAGGGACAGGUAGCUCUAGGCCCAGUGUGUAGUGUAUUUGUGUGUAUGCAUCUGUGUGGGUGAAUGUGUGUGUAUGUGAGCGGAUAUAUAUACACAUCACUGGAAAUGCUUUUGUUUAUGGGCAUAUGUAUUUUAUUUUACUCAAAUUCAAUUGUAUGACAUCUUUUUUCAACAUAAUAGUCUAGCAGUUUUAUAUAGGUCCCUUAAGUUUAAUUAGCCAGUAUAAAUGACUCCAUGUAACUUUAGGAAUGCUUUUUUGUGUAAGAACUCAUGAGCCCCUAUUCUCUGUGAGAUAAUGCCCAACUCAGUCCUGUUGAACUCAUCAGAUAUGUCCAUUCUGUUUUUCCCCAAAUCAUGGCAUUAUAACCAGCUCGGGGAGGAGUUGAAAGUUUUUUCUAGGGAAUCAGUUAACAUCUUAUAGCCUUCUUGGUCCUUGAAAGAGAACAUUUUUAGGAUGAGCCCGGAAAACCCAGCUUCUGAUGGAAAGGUGAACAUUUCCCUACAGACAUUUCUAUUCAAAAAGAAAUGUACCAACAAAAUAUAGUCCAAAGGGAAGACUGGCUGGGCUUUAGUUUCGAUCAUUGAUCAGCCUAGGUUCCUGUAAGCUAGGACUUACAUACAUACUUAUAGUGAUAAUACUUGCUAUCUGGGUUUAUCACAGAAACUACAUCCAAGACCCCAUUUGUUGGUUUUCCUUCUAGAGAACACAAAUAUAGCCACUGUGUCCUAGCCACAUCCACACUAAGGCAUUUUUUUCAGGAAAGUAAAAUGAAAGGAGACAGAUUGGGAGACAAGACUCAUGUUUGAGAGCAGAUCCAAUUUCUUGGACCAUCAAAGUCUGCCAGCAGGGAGAAUAAGCCUGUUCCUCCUACCUCACUGCUUUGCAACUAUACCAAUGUGUGUUCCAGCACCUUCUCCCUGGAAGAAACCUAUUGUUCUCUGUACAACUGCCCCAUAGUGGGAGCCUUGUGCACUCAAAAGUCAGCAAAGUAGAUUCUGUUGUACAUCUUUCCCUAAAAAAGGAAGAGGAUGAGAUUAUCAGGCAUAUGCUGGCAUCAACUUCUUCAGAAUAUUUAUUUACAUCUCAGAUCUCGCUCUCUCUGCAAGAAAGGCAGUAUCUGCUGUUUUUCAGAAAGCAAACAUUUCCUAAAUUAUCAAAAAACAAAACUUAAUAACAUCUAUUUAGAUAUUCCCACAAAAAUAAUUGCCAUGUAAAUGGCUAGCCCCACGUGGUAUUUAAGCUGCCUCAGAACCUUUAUAAUCAUUUUAUCAAUGUCCAUGCCAUUCAAUGCCGCCAGGUAAACACUUUAGUCCAAAUUUAAUAUCUUUUCCAAAAAGAAGUUAACAGAUUUUUCCCACUGAUUUUGACCCACUGUACUUUUUUGGAUGUGGUACUCAACAUGAAAAGAGAGAGACUGAAUGGCCAGAAAAAUCAGAUGGCAAAUAUAAUUGCGGAAGCAAUGGUUUUGGUUUUUUUUUAGGGGGGGGGAUAUACAUAGGAACUUUCCUACCAAAGCAAAAAUGUCUACUUUGCCAAUCCUAUUUCAGUGUGUACUAUUCUCGCACCCUGCCUUCUUUCUGAGUGAAAAGCAACUGAAAUUUAAUUCAACUUUUAACGUGAGGAAGAAAUAAAAGGUUUUGUCUUGUU